UUCAACUAUUAAAGAACACUAUGACUCCUCCACCACCCCACAUUUGUAAGGCAAAGAUGGAUGUGGAGAAUUUCUUUCACAUGACUGGAGGAGUUGGAGAAACUAGCUAUGCCAAGAACUCCUCACUUCAGAAGAAAGCAGCAGAUAUGGUGAAGAAAAUAACAUUAGAAACAGUGGAGGAAGUUUAUGUGGAAACGAAACCAAUAAGUAUUGGAAUAGCUGACUUGGGUUGCUCAUCUGGACCCAAUACAUUAUCAAUCAUCAAAGACAUAGUGGAAGCCAUUGAAGCAACAAGUGGUAGAACAGUGAACAAUCCUUCACCAGAAGAAGUUCGAGUUUACCUGAACGAUCUUCCAUCAAAUGACUUCAAUUCAGUGUUCAUCGCACUCCCUGAUUUCUGCAAGAAUCUGAAGAAAGAUAAGAUGGGCGGGGGUCCCCAGAUUUACAUAGCAGCUUAUCCUGGUUCCUUUUUUGGUAGACUUUUCCCAAACCAGAGCUUGCACUUUGUGUAUUCUUCAUAUAGUCUGCACUGGCUCUCUAAGAUUCCUCCGGCUCUGUAUGACGAGCAGGGGAAUUCUAUAAACAGAGGAAGCAUUUACAUUUCUAAGGCCAGUCCUACGGAGGUGUCGAAAGCAUACUUGAAGCAGUUUAAAGAGGAUUUCUCAUUGUUCUUGGGAUCUCGGUCCAAAGAAUUGAAUGUUGGGGGACGAAUGGUAUUGAUUUUGCUAGGGAGGAAAGGAGCAGAUCAUGUUGAUAGAGGCAACUCAUUCUUCUGGGAACUUCUGUCACAGUCCUUCGCCAUUUUGGUUUCUCAGGGGCAAAUUGAGAGGGAAAAGCUAGAGUCAUAUGAAGUGCACUUCUAUGCACCAUCAGAGAAUGAAAUUGAAGAUGAAGUGAGAAGAGAAGGUUCGUUUCAACUGGAUCGAAUGGAGAAUUUUGAGCUAGAGAGGGAUGAAACAGACGGGUUAAGUUAUGGAACCAAGGUUGCCAUGACAGUGAGGGCCAUCCAGGAAACCAUGAUUUGCCAACAUUUUGGAGAAGGAAUUUUGGACACUUUGUUUGAGAAUUAUAGUAGACUAGUCGAUGAGGAAAUGACAAGAGAGGAAAUUAAGCCCAUUACUUUCCUUCUAGUUCUUAGGAAAUUAUGAAUGCCAGAUGAUUAGAGAAAUAAAAAAAAAAUUA